AUGAAUAAUGUAGAUUUAGAAAAUUUAAUUGAUGAUUUAGUACUUAAUCAAAAUUUUAUUAGUUAUUAUGAAUUAAAAAUAUAUCUCCAAAAAUAUGAUGAAAAUAUAACGGAUGAUGAUAUGGAUUAUUAUUAUUCAUAUUAUGAUAAUGAAUUUUUGAAAUAUCAUGAUAAAAUAAUUUCUAAAAUUAAAGAUAAAAUUAAAAAUAAUGAAUAUACAAAGGGAAAAACUAAAUCACAACUUAAACAUUUGAAAGAUUUCAAAAAUGAAGCAUUAACAGAAAAAGAUAUUGAUGAAUUAUAUAAUUUAUAUAAUCCUGAGUCGCAAAAAACAGAGAAACAAAAGGCCCAGGUCAUUCAGACCAUAAAUGAAGCACGAGCUUUAAUUUAUGAUUCAUUAGUUAAACCAUAUUCAGCCCGACUUUUAAAUGAAGAUCAACUUUUGGAAUUCAUCCUUCAACAUAAACUCGAAGCGGGAAAGUAUAUCAAACAUUUAUAUACAUCAUAUUUAAAACAAAUGAAUAAAAUACAUCCAGAAUUAAUGGAAGGAGGAAUGAAAUCCAAAACUUCAUCAUCCAAAAUCAAAGCAGAUAAAAUUAAACCACUUGCAACACCAAAACCUCCUUCUGUUAAUACUUCAUCAUCCAAAAUCAAAGCAGAUAAAAUUAAACCACUUGCAACACCAAAACCUCCUUCUGUUAAUACUUCAUCAUUCACUUUAUUAUAUCCAUUUCAAACAUUAAAGAAACAAAAAGAUUUUAAAAAGGGUUUCAAGAUAUUAAAUAAACCAACUGACCCAAAAAUUCAACCGUUAAAGGAAAAAUUUA